AUGACCGAUCUCGCUCGUAACGGCUCGAUCCUCGUCGCCGAAAUCAAGGCCAUCCACCCUGCCGCCGGUUCCGAGGUGAGCAACGGCACUGUUCCAGUCGCCGACGGCGCCAACGGCGCGGCUCCCCUCGCCAACGGUGGUGCCAACGGCUCGGCAAUUCUUCCUCAGGACGCUGCUGCCGCUGCUCCUCUGGACUCGUCGGUCACCGACCCGGUCACACACCCUCACCUCCAAAGCGCACACGCUACCGAGGCUUCGGGCUUGAGCGCCGGCGCUGGUGCCAUCGCUGUGCCUCACCAGGCUGACCCCUCGGUCGCUAGCGGCAUCGUCGAGCCCGCUGCUGCCCCUGCUGGUGGCGAGGAGGCCGGCGCGCCUGGCCUGAUCGAGCCGCAGACUUCUACGAUCCAGUCGCUCCAGCCCAGCGAGCAGGCUCGUGAGGUCUCGCACAUCAACACUGCCGUUCCCGCUGCCGGUGUCGGUGCUGGUGCCGCCGCUGCUGCCGCUCACCACCACCAGGACUCCUCGGCUCAGGAGCCCACGUCGGCUGUGAGCGCUGGUCAGCCCAGCACGGCUCCCGGAAGUGCCAUCAGCGCCCCUCACCAGCAGCAGCCGCCCCAGCAGCUCAACGCCGUAGCUUCGUCUCCCACUCAAGCCGGUGCUCCCAGCUUCCCUCCUGGCACCAUUGUUCCUGCUUCCGUCACGGGUGCCGGUGGUGCCGGCGCUGCUGCUGCUGCCGCCGCACCCGCUGCCACCUCGGGUCACCCUGCUCCCACCACGGUCGCCGCCACCACGGCUCCCAAAUCCGCCCUGAGCCCCAAGGAGAUCAAGAAGAUGGACAAGCUCAUGAAGAAGGAGGCCAAGGACGAGUACAAGGCGCUGAAGCGUGCCAUCAAGGACGCCAAGUCUUCCGAGAAGCUCUUCCGCAAGUCGCGCGACGCCGAGGCCCAGACGGUCAAGCGUCACCAGAAGGCGCAGACCAACGAGCACAAGGCGUCCAAGGCGCUGAGCAAGGCCAAGGCCGAGCACGAGAAGUACGCCGCCGAUCUGUCCAAGACCUUCGAGGACCUAGACAUCAAGAAGCGCCACACGGAGAGCACGCGCACCGGCUACGAGGAGGCCAAGAGGCGCAUCGAUGAACUGCGAAACCAGAAGACGGUCAACGACCAGGCUCGAUCGCGCCAGGCUGCUGAGCUUCACGGUGUUGGUGGUCGUUGA